ACUGACUCACUCUCUUCUUCAUUUUUCAAGUUCCUUUCUAGCACCGCCAUUUAAUGCCUGCUUUGUUUUUCGCCACUGAAAUGAUCAUUUUUGUCUCUCUUUUAAGUUUCAAUGUGUUCAUUUAGAGGAUCCAACUUCACCUGCUAGACCCUGAGCGAGUUGUUUGCUUUCAAGUACGAUCGGCUGACUUUCGUUUCUGCAAAAUCGAAAUGGCUUCAAGUUUCUGAUGCUGAUCAUUUGAUUGAUCGACCAGUUUGAGUCUCUGAGUUUUCAUACUUCUCUGCGUCCAAAGAGCUACUGCAGAAGUUCACUGGAAGACAUCGCCAAGUCUAUUUGCUAUUAAACUCAACAAUGCACAGAAAGAGGCGUUUACAUCAAUUGAAGCAUCCAUUUGAUUCUCACCCAUUUGAGGCAAUUCUCCAUGGGUCAUGGCAAGCUUUGAGGUACAUAACGAUUGAGGGAGGAACAAUGGUCUUUCAUUUUAAAGGUAACAACCAUGUGGUUAGAGAGAAAGCUCCCAUUUCAGACCUUCGGAUAAGAUCUAGGAAAGCAACUGUAUCAGAUUGCUCCAGCUUUUUAAGACCAGGAAUUGACAUAUGUGUACUUUCUUCCUUUCAACAAACUAAUGGCUCAGAUCAAAAUAAUCUUAAUCCUGUGUGGGUUGAUGCUAAAAUAAGUUCUAUACAGAGAAAGCCACAUGAACCUGGGUGCUUGUGUCAAUAUUAUGUGAACGUUUAUGUUAAUCAAGGUUGUGUUGGUUCUGAGGUAAGAACUCUGAGUAAGGAGAUCAAAGUAGUUGGAAUAAAUCAAAUAUCUAUUCUCCAAAGGCUUGAGCAUAGUCCUUGUGAAGAUCAGCACUAUCGAUGGGAUUCAUCUGAGGAUUGGCAUGCAGUGCCACAAACUAAAUUGCUUUCAGGGAAAUUUCUAUCUGAUAUUUCAUGGUUAAUUGUCUCAUCUGUUUUAAAGCAGGUUUCAUUUUGUGUGAGAUCUGCAGGUAACAAGAUUGUGUAUCAAAUCAUGGGGGUGGAUGAUAAUAGCUUCCUGUUGGAUGUUGUAAAUUUCAGAAUAGACAACAGCAUGUUAGUACCCAUUGUUUCCCAGGUUAUUUCAUCUGACACUGAUAAGGUUGACAAUACAGAUGACUCCCAUAAAGAUAAAGCAUUUUCAUCUUAUAAUCCUGAGGGUUUGCGUCGUUCCAAACGUCGAAAUGUACAACCUGAGCGCUACCUUGGCUGUGAUGAGACUCAUGUGUUGGAUGUUGGUUUUGUUCGAACCAGGCCAUACAAGAUGGACAUUCGAAAAGAUGAUGGAGAGGAUGAUGAAUUGUCAAUGCCAUUAUCAUCCCUGAUUGGUUUGCAAAAAAAUUAUGGAGUGAUGGAUGAUGGCAGUGGACUGAAGUUUAAUAAGAUGACGUCUUACAACAAACUUAAAGUGUAUAAAAGGAGGCCUAAGUCUAAGGAGGUGAAUUCAGGUGAUGUCAAUAUAAAUGAAAUUCAAUCUCAACUUGCCAUUGUUCCUGUUCCUCAAGAAUGUGAUCCUAUUAACAUUGAGCAUUUUGAUUCCAAUGCCAAGGUCUCUAAAUAUUACACACAAAGAAAUGUUGAAUGUCCUACCAAACAUUAUCAUGUGAUGGGCAGUCCUGAACCAAAGAGGAAUAAUAUGGAUUUGUUAACUUUUGAAUCCUAUAAUCAUCCUUCAAAGAUUCCAGGUCUUGAAGAUUGUGUUGAAGAGAUUGAUGAUAUUGCUUCCCGAUGUCAUUAUAAUCUUGGCACCCCUAAAAUAAAGAGGAAGAAUUCAUUUGGUUUGAAUGAUACGGAUUUUGAAAGCAGAUGGGAAGGGAUAAAUUCUGAUAAAGCAGUUCAAGGGAAAAAAUAUCAUUCAACAAUUUCAAGAGGCAAACAAUCUGAUGAAGAAAGAACUUAUAAAGCUAGGUCCUUAAGUGCAGGUGCCUACAAGGAAUUGAUAGACUCAUAUUUAAAGAAUAUGAAUGCAAAACCAUCUGAAGCAGAGCCACCUAUUACUGAGCAGUGGAUACAAUUCAAGGAAACAAGUAACUUAGGACAAAAGGGGGAAACAAAGUCACCCCAAAUUGAGGAUGAGAAAGAAACCGAUGAACUAGAUAUAUUGUGGAGAGAAAUGGAAGUUUCACUGGCAUCAAGUUAUGUUGAAGAAGACACAGAGGGUUCAAGUGCUGCAGUUUUUACUGAGACCUGGGAAAAAACUGAUUCACUUUGUCGCCAUGAUUAUAGAAUGAAUGAAGAAAUUGGAAUUUACUGUCUAUUAUGUGGCAUUGUCAGUGCUGAGAUGAAAGAUGUUUUCCCACCCUUUUUGGAACGUUCAAUGUGGCACCAUGAGGAGAAGCAACACAGCAGAGAAGGUUCAGAACCAGAGCCAAAGGCUGAUGAAAAUGAUAGUUUCCAUCUUUUUUUGUCUGAUGCUCUGCCUGAUCAACCUAUAACUGGAGAAAAUGACAAUGUGUGGGCUUUAAUUCCUGAACUUAGGUGGAAGUUGCACAUCCACCAAAGAAAAGCUUUUGAAUUUCUUUGGAAAAAUAUUGCUGGGUCUAUGGACCCGACACUUAUGGAAGCGGCAUCCAAAAAAAGAGGUGGUUGUGUGAUAUCUCAUUCUCCUGGAGCUGGAAAAACAUUCCUUAUUAUUGCAUUUCUUGUUAGCUACUUGAAGUUAUUCCCAGGGAAGCGACCUUUGGUUCUUGCUCCUAAGACAACACUUUACACAUGGUACAAAGAAUUUAUCAAAUGGAAAAUUCCUAUUCCAGUAUAUCUAAUUCAUGGUCGUAGAACCUACCGAGCAUUCAAGCAGAAUGCAGUGGUUUUUCAUGGUGGUCCAAAGCCUACUGAUGAUGUCAAGCAUAUUUUGGAUUGCCUGGAAAAGAUACAAAAGUGGCACGCACAUCCAAGUGUUCUAGUCAUGGGUUAUACUUCAUUUUUAACAUUGAUGCGAGAGGAUUCAAAGUUUUCUCACAGGAAGUACAUGGCUAAAGUAUUGAGGGAAAGUCCUGGUAUUCUUAUAUUGGAUGAAGGGCACAAUCCUAGAAGCACAAAGUCAAGGUUGAGGAAAGGUUUGAUGAAAGUACAAACAGAAUUGAGAAUAUUACUUUCGGGCACAUUGUUUCAGAACAAUUUCUGCGAAUACUUCAACACUCUUUGCUUGGCAAGACCAAAGUUUGCUUUUGAAGUGUUGAAAAAACUGGACCCUAAAUACAGGAGGAAGACGAAAGGAACAGGAAAAGCACGUCAUUUGAUAGAGGCGCGAGCUAGAAAAUUCUUCUUGGAUAAUAUUGCUAAAAAAGUUGACUCAAAUGAUGGAAAAGAGCAAAAGCAGGGUCUGAACAUGUUGAGAAAGAUGACCAGUGGUUUUAUAGAUGUUUAUGAAAAUGGGAACUCAGAGGAUCUUCCUGGUUUACAAAUCUAUACAUUGUUAAUGAAUACUACUGAUAUACAGCAUGAGAUUUUGAAUAAACUCCAGAAGAAAAUGUCUGGGUGCAAUGGAUAUCCUUUGGAGUUAGAGCUUUUGAUAACCCUUGGAUCAAUACAUCCUUGGUUAGUCAAAACAGCCGCAUGUGCUGAGAAGUUUUUCUCUAUAGAGCAAUUGAUGGAGCUAGAGAAAUGGAAAUAUGAUUUAAAAAAAGGGUCAAAAGUGAAAUUUGUUUUGAGCCUGGUCUACCGUGUUGUCAGGAGUGAGAAGGUUCUUAUGUUUUGCCAUAACAUUGCACCUGUGAGGUUAUUUACAGAAUUAUUUGAGAAGUUCUUUGGAUGGCAUAGAGGUCAAGAAGUCUUGGUUCUUACUGGGGAGCUAGAGCUCUUUGAACGAGGAAGGAUAAUGGAUAAGUUUGAGGAUCCUAAUGGAGCAUCAAAGAUACUUCUUGCUUCAAUUUCAUCUUGUGCUGAAGGCAUUAGUUUGACAGCAGCCUCUCGGGUGAUUUUAUUGGAUUCAGAAUGGAAUCCAUCCAAGACAAAACAGGCUGUUGCACGUGCUUUUCGUCCUGGUCAGCAAAAGAUGGUUUAUGUGUACCAGCUGCUGGCAACAGGCACAUUGGAGGAAGAUAAGUAUGGAAGAACAACUUGGAAAGAGUGGGUUUCCAACAUGAUUUUUAGUGAAGAAUUUGUGCAAGACCCUUCCCGUUGGCAAGCAGAAAAGAUUGAAGAUGAUAUAUUGCGAGAAAUGGUUGCAGAAGACCGCUCCAAUUCAUUCCAUAAGAUUAUGAAGAAUGAAAAUGCAUCCACAAACUGAUUCAAGACUUGCAGGACUAUCCUAACCAUAAUAAUACCACCAGCAACUGCCACAAAAAUUUCAAGCUUGUUGCUUUGCAAGCCUCUUCAUGGAGAGUGAAAGUCGUAUCUACAAAGUAAAGCAGCAAUUGGGUAUUUACAUACCAGGAAAAAUAAAGCAGAGAUUAAGCUGAACAUGUCAUGAUAUUUGCUUGACAUUGGUUGAAAAUUUAAUUGAGGUAGACAGGUUCUGGGUAUUCAAUUCAGUCACUAAUAAUUUUAAAAAUCACUGUCUCUGAGUCUAGACUCUAUCUUUUCUCGUUAAGAUGAUUCUUUCAUUUUAACAUUUGGUGAUAAAUGGAAACCAAUGAGCCAUAUAAUUAGUUUUCAGGAUUUUUUUUGGUUAACUCUUGCCUUUUUCCCUUAAUAUGUCUGACAAAUCCUUUUUUUUUCCCCUGGUUUAGUUUCCAAGAAUCUAAAAUCUUUCACACAUGCUUUUGUCGCUUUUAGACUCCUCCAUUGCUUGAGAAACUCGACGAGUAUUGAAGUUGUUUGUAUAAUACAAGUACAUUGCUUUGUGCAAGACUAAAUAUUUGUCCUAAAAGACAAAUACAAGCUAUGUGACUUGGCUUCUCUUCUGAAUC